AUGAUGAAAGACACCAAUGAGCCAUGUGAGGUAGUGCAGCAGAAGCAGAAGAAUCUGUCGGUGCACUUCCCACGCAAGAAAGAGAUUAUACAGGUAGAAGAAAGUCAAUUGACACCAUAUGACUAUGCCAAGUCGAGUGGCAGGGCUACAUCAGCGGUUGUCAUAACUGAACCUAAAGGCAAAAGCAUGCCUAUGAAAUGGAUGAGAAGAGUGGAUCAGUUGCUGAUCCAGAAUAUAUUUAGCAACAAACGGCUGUAUCAGAGGUUGAAGCGUAUUAGCUUCCCCGAGGAUGGAGCUGGUAUUUCCUUUGUGAUGGGCAUAAACUGCAAUACGGGAGUACCAUACUCAUGUAUGAAUGAACUGGCAAUCGGAAAACUGUGGAUGUUUCUACGAGAUAGCUUUAUGGAAGCAGAUCAAGGCCGAGCUAUUGGAGGGAUUCAUGUGGGCGGACACAUCAGUACGAAGGAACCAGAUCAGGAACACGUUACGUGGGGCAUCUUAACCUCACUCGAUAGGCGAGACGGAUGCGGAAUUGGUCAGUGGACUGGAUGUCAGAUGUGGUCACUCACGUAUUACUCGGAUUACCGAAACCGGCAGUCGCAAAGGUUCGCUAUGUUUAUGAUGGAUUCAGUAGCUAAUGGGGCUAUCAUUGGGAUGAACGAGAAACAAGAGCAGAGUGAAGUCUUUCGAACGAAUGAAGAUAGUGAAAUGGGUGUUGAUCAUACUGAUCAUAAGUACCCACCAUGGAAAGAUGCGAAGAGAGACGAGCGAGGUCUACCAGAGCCGUUACAGCCCAAAGACCUCGGGAAUAACCAAGCGCUGGUUGAGAAAAUGAAAAUUUGUCUGAGCAAGACUGCAGGACGUUGCGUGAGAUGGUGGCGUACUGUUGGGGCAUGUUCGACGACAUGCUCCGCCCUCAGCCAGUCAAGUUACAGCCGUAUCGGUGUAACGCGGGUUACAGCGAGAGCGCUGGAGCGUCUCUUGUCGAAAUCAGCAAAGACUUCACAGGCGAUUCUGUGGCUCGGGCUGCCCGAGAGCGGCUUAUUUACUUUGGGUUCACCGCCUUGGUUUGCAUCAUCCCUGUGUGGUACCCCCUUGGUUUGCAUUGCUUUAUUCACUUUCCCGGUAUCCGCAGCCGAUACUUUCCUGGCUAAUCGAAGAUUACCAAUCUAUGCGGAAGCAAUAAUUCGUCUCCGGCAGAGAUUACCGAUAUUGGUGCUCCCAUUGCAACUGCCGCUCCUCUGGAUCAAACCGAAGACAAGGUACCUGGCACUGUUUGGGAAUCUUCAGAUCCCAAAGUUCAAAGUUGACGCAAGACGCCAAUACCCAACAUUUCAUCUGAACCCAAUACGCUUUACAUGGACGCCUGGGUUUUGGGAACUUGUACAUUACCUCAUUCUAACCGACGAGGAGUUUUUUGUUGGAGUUUCCCUAAACGGAUUCUUGGCUGAACCUAACCACGCGAGCGUGGGCACGGCUUUUUCUAUGUUCCACCAAGUCUUUUUGCUCGUCGUAAUAUUUUUUUUACCACCCCCUUCUUUAAUCCACCUAAGCCGUGCCCACCGCAGGUGGUUAGGUACAGUCAAGAAUCCGUUAAGGGAAACAUUAACCUACCCUCCUACGAUUUUAUGUGACCUUUGA